AUGGACAAGACCACUAACUCUAACAAUGGAUCAUCUUGGAGUUUGACCUCGGUGUCCCCUCUGUUACAGCGACAGAAGCAGAUGUCUGGGUCGACUGCAUCACUGCCAUCCGAGGAUAAGGUGGACAUUGCUACGAGAGACAAGAAAGGAAGAAAUGCAUUGUUCUAUGCCGCUAGGAACGGUGAUGUUCAACUCGCCAGGAAAUACCUAGAGUCGGGAGGUGAUGUUAAUCGAGCCGAUAAUUUUGGAGUGUCCCCGUUACAUGAAGCCACUGAAAGAUCAAAGAUUGAUAUCAUAGAACUCCUUGUACAGUCUGAUUGUAACCUGAACGUCAAGAAUAUUCUAGGUCAGACGCCAUUAAUGAGAGCUGUGCUAUAUGAUGACCUGGAAGUAGUAAAAAUACUCCACAAGGCAGGUGCAGAUCUGGAUGAAAGGGAUUGUACAGGAAAGACCGCACUUAUGAUUGGAUUACAGGAAAGUCGUGAGGAUGUCAUAUCGUAUCUGUUGCACGCGGGCAGCAAUGUUCACCUGCAAGACAAGCUUGGGCAAACAGCACUAUAUAUAGCUAUGAAGGAGGCCAAGAGAACAUCUGAUGAAAGUAUCCGUAAGCUACUCAAGGCAGGAUACGAUUACAACAGAGAUUCCCAUUGGCUAAAGUCCUCUGAAAUGGAUGACCUGCAAAAGCUUGAACUGGAAUCGCAUCAACACUCUGGUAUCCUGCACAAGAUAGCGUCGAAGGUGAAGGGAAAACAUCACCAACACAAAAACGAGUCGUCGGAACAGGAUUAG